AUGGUGAACAGCCAAGCCGCAGGUGCACCAGCAGCUCCCAGGUCGUGCGCAGGCUGUGGGGGGAAGAUCGCUGACCGCUUCCUGCUCUUCUCCAUGGAGCUCUACUGGCACACACGCUGCCUCAAGUGCUCCUGCUGCCAGGCCCAACUGGGAGACAUCGGCACCACCUGCUACAGCAAGGGUGGCAUGAUUCUGUGCCGCAGCGACUACAUCAGGCUGUUCGGGCACAGCGGGGCGUGCAGCGCUUGUAGACAGUCGAUCCCAGCUAACGAACUGGUGAUGAGGGCGCAGGGAAAUGUGUACCACCUCAAGUGUUUCAGCUGCGCCACCUGUAGAACCAGACUGAUGCCCGGGGAUCGCUUCCAUUACAUCAACGAUACCAUCUUCUGUGAGCACGACCAGCCCGGCGCUGCCUUGCUCAGCAGCCACCUGGCUCCACUCCAGAGCAGCUCUGUGCUCGCGGACCAGAAGGUAAGCAAACAGGAAGCUGACAUAACGCUACGGAGCUGUACAUUGCCCAGCCACCUCACCCACAAAGACCUCAACAGCAACCGGUCCAGCCUUAUCAACACCAGAACAACCCAGCUGGACCUCGUUCUUGCUAUCCGUGUGGAGGACUUGACCAUUGGAUCAGAGAUUGCCCACACAAAAGGAAUCAGUGGCGUGGCAGAGGUCGCCCGCCAUACCAGCCCAUACCACAGGGCCCGAGGCCUCAGCAGCACGGCCCAGGUCAACAGCAGCCACAAAAUGGACAGAACUUUUACCCAAGCCCACACCGAUGCGGUGGACAUGGUUUUGGACAUCCAGGGGGCAGAGGCUGGAGAGGAGGUUACUCCACCUGACUAG